UCUUGACGUAGGCGAGCCCCGCAACGCGACACGCAUGUAUACAAUAGGGCGUGUAUGUACACAUGUAACAAGCCCGGCCAUGACCCGGAUUCCUUUCUUCCGCACGCUUGCAGCAUCCUCCAAGAUCCUCCGAGUACACAAUGUCGUCCGGCCACGCAUCACUUCGCCACGCAUGUCGUGAAGACAUUCCCACUAUCUUGGCUCUCAUCCGCGAACUUGCAGACUACGAAAACGCAAGUGACAAGGUCGAAGCUACCGAGGAAAUUCUUGGCCGCACUCUAGCUCACUACGACCCUUCGACCUCUACAUUUUCCCAAGGCUUUGCUCGUACUCUCCUCAUCACUGACCCAGAUGGAACCGUAGCCGGGAUGGCAGUCUACUUCUUCAAUUUCAGUACCUGGACUGGUGUCCCAGGAAUUUAUCUCGAGGAUCUGUUCGUAAAAGAAGCAUAUCGGAAGAAGGGCUAUGGUAAGAGGCUGUUGAAAGAGCUCGCGGCAUUAGUUCUCGAGGUUGGAGGCAAGAGGCUAGAAUGGAGUUGUUUGGAUUGGAAUGAGCCCAGCCUCAAUUUCUAUCAGAGUGAAGUAAUUGGUGCGAAGAGGAAAAACGAAUGGGUGGGAUUACGGGUCGAGGGAGAUGCAUUGGCCAAGUUGGCAAACUAAUGAUAUUUGGCUUCUAUGGCUACAGACGUGCCAUUAGCUCAAAAUACUCACGGGAACAAUAAAUUACGGUGAUUUGACCUG